AGUUGGGGUGCGGUGCGUUCGCUUUUGCACGUCUUACAUUAGGAACAAACCAUUUGGGAUUUUACAUUUCCUCUUUUCCCUUUUUUAUCCCACACAUGCAACACCGCAUAAGUUUCAGUGUAACGUACGACGUGAUUUUUCUACUUCGCAUUCACGGGGCAAACCAAGAGCGUGUUUUUAUUCCCCGUUUAAGAGCGGACCUUCGACCCCUAGGCCCGGAGAGUGGUUUGACCCGGCUCCCGCCUGUGUACAGUGUUGCCAUGAGCGGAGGGCGGCUGUGCACGUAGCGAGGAUGCAGCAUGACAGCAGAGUCAGGGAAUGGGCCGUGUGAUGUUGGGCGGUGAUGCGGGUUGGGCCACACUGUAGUCGGGUGUUAUCAAUUAUUUACUUAGCACUCCGUGUCCUUUUUAGAUUAGUUACUGUGUGGACUACCCUAUACACUUAUUUUAAAUAUUCGACUUUGAUCCUUUUAUGAUUAUACUUCUACUUAUUAUUAGAUUAUUCUGAUGAUGGUUGAUUAUAUUGUUGAGUAUUAUCAUGAUGUUGUAUUAUUGCGAAGUAUUUUGGAGUGAAAGCUGCAUUACAAACCGAAAAAGUAUUAAAAAGGGAUGCAUGAUUUAAUGUCCGAAUAAUUGCCAUCUGCAACUUGAGCUUCCUUAGAAAUGUUAUUAAUACAGCUAAAAUAACUAUGUGUAUGAAUCGUAACAGCCUAAUCCAAAACUGUCUAGGCCCCUAAAUGAUACCCAUUGUGCAAUCGCACAGUUGUGCUGAAUCGGAUCUCCCCGUGAUUUUUAUGUGGAAUAGAAACUGCCUACUGUAAAGUUUAAACAGACAAAACAAACGUGGAUCGGAUCAGGGUUAUGCAACACAUGUCACCGGCCAUUCACAGCCGCCACUAGGGGGCGACAGAGCACUAACAGCCGCCACUAGAGGGCGACAGAGCCCGGGUUCACUGUGAAGAUCACGGGUACGAGAGGUCAGUGUUUUUUAUGUGGAAUAAAAACUUCCUACUGUAAACAUACAAAACAAACGUCGAUCAUGGUUAUGCAACACAUGUCACCGUCAAUUCACGGCCGCCACUAGGGGGCGACAGAGCACUCACUGCCGCUAGGGGGCGACAGAGUCCGGGUUCACUGUGUAGAUCACGGGUACGAGAGGUCAAAGAGGUAAAUGUGAAUUUGUGUUAAGCCUGUACAGCUCAACUCAGACAUGAUUUUGUUUAACACAAACUAAAUAAUAUAUCUUAAAUGCGAUUAUUAUACACGUGUUUGACUCUGCUUUACUUACUGUGCGCCGCUAUAAUACUAUUGGAAUAAUACGCAAAUUAAUCGUAUAAUAAUCGUCAACUUUGAGAUAGGGCAGGAGGAGGUGCUACGUUUCAAUAUGUACAAUCUAAGUCGACCAAAGGUUUGCUUCUUUAAUAUGUCCAUGGCUGAAACACACAGAUUGACAUGUCUCACUGUGAUUUGAGUCCGCUCAGCCAUGAUGUUGCGUUCAGGCUACAUGGGAUUUACCGUAAUUAUCAAUUUCGCAACCGUAAUUCCGUUCCAUCAUAGAUGUACUAUAAAAACAUUUAACAGAAAUGUCAACUAAGACUUUUUUAUAUUCUGAAAGGCCCUAUAGGUCCGACCAGGCAGUACAUAAAAAAGAAAAAGAAGCGAUUGAACAGCAAACAAAAUACCUCCCAACAGCCAGCGUUCACUUCCGUCCUACGUGACGUGAACGCCGCAUUGCCGUACACAUCCAGCCGCUGGUGUCACUCAACGCUGGCAGAGACCACACACUACUCAUGUCUCUCCCAACUUAACAGGUUUAAACUGCCUUAAAGGUGAAGGAUUAUCCAAAAGUCCCCAGUCUUCUAAAUAAGCUUGGACUUCUGAUGGUCAAAGAUGGAGGAAGAGGACAGCCAGGAUGAGCUGAUCAACAAGAACCAGGCUCAUGGCAAGAGGAAGAGGCCCACUGUGUGGGACAUCUCUGAUGACUCUGACGAAGCCGAGGACCACUCUGGGGAGGAAGAGGAGGGUGAUUCUGAGAGCGGAGAAGGGGAUGACCUCCUUGAUGGUGAAGAGGAGGAGGAAGAUGAGGAAGACAGUGAUGACGACGAUGAAGAAGAAGAGGAUGACGACGACGACGACGACGGCAAGACCGCCGAAGGCGCGGUUGCCGGCACUUCCGCCGACCUGGACGGGAUGAGUUCCGACGAGGACGCCGAGAAGUGUCCCAUCUGUCUGAACUCGUUUGGCAGCCAGCCAGUGGCCACGCCCGAGAGCUGCCAGCAUUACUUCUGCCUGGACUGCAUCCUGCUGUGGUCCAAGAACGCAAACUCCUGUCCUGUGGACCGUAUUGUGUUUGGUAGCAUCUACCUGCGGAAAUGUUACGGAGGAAAAGUUCAGAAGAUGAUCAUGGUGGAGAAGCCGGUGAAGGAGGGCAUGGAGGAGGUGGUCAACCUGGAGCUGGAGCAGGUCACCUGUGAGGUGUGUCAGGGGAGCGACCGUGAGGACCGCCUGCUGCUGUGUGACGGCUGCGAUGCUGGCUACCACAUGGAGUGCCUGACCCCCCCGAUCGAUGCCGUCCCGGUGGAGGAAUGGUUUUGCCCCGAGUGCGAGGCCAACAACCGCAACUCAAGGCUCCCCGACGAGGAGCUUAGCGAGGCGGAGAGUCUCCCGGCCCGCGCCCGCUCCUCCUCCAUGCGCAGCCCCCGUGGCUCCGCCGGCCCGGGGCUGACCCGCGCCAUCGCCCGCACCCAGCAGAGCGAGCGGGUCCGGGCCAACGUCAACCGCCACCGUAUCACCCAGGCACGCACCGCGCAGCUGGCUCCUACGUACAUGAUGCAGACCACCUGGCUGGAUGACACCAUCAACGCGGUGGUGGCGGGCCUCAACACGGCCGUCUACAUCCGGGACCUCAGCUGGCGCCCGGCCGCGGGUCGGCGACCCAAGCGUAGAAAAGCCAGGAAGGUGUCGUCCACCAAGGGGCAGAGUGGCAAGGCCGGCACCACCGGGGUCAGGAGGAGGAGGAGGAAAGUGAGGAGGAAGUCCAGGAGGAAGCAGGUGUCGAAGACCCCAGCCUCGUCCCGUAGCCGCAUCGCCAAGAGCCUGGGGAUCGCACGGCCCAAGGCGGGCUCGACGCUGCCCUCGGUGGUCCGGCCGUCGGAGCACACGCUGGGCAACAUGCGGGCCGACAUCGGCGCCGCAUCUCUCUCCGUUUACGGAGACCCCGCCGACCUGGACGGAGACGUGGACGGGAUUGAGGAGGAAGAGCCGCAUACCCAGGUCACGUCUCUGCUGGAGGCCAAGCGACGAGGCAUCUCCCACUCCGCUCUGCGCUCCCACCAGCCGGUCGCUCGGCCAAUCACCACCGGCCUGUCCAGACGGGGCGGGGCCAUGCCCACGUCGUCGCGGUGCGUUACCGAGGCGACCCCUGUGCCGGACCUGCUGGGCAGCAUCCUAUCAGGACAGAGUAUGCUCAUGAUGGACAGCUCUGCUGUGGUCAUCAACCGGGACGGCACUCUCAAGGCUCUGCAGCCAGAGAGACCCUCUUCGCUCGUGAGCCCAGGGGCCAGCUCCUCGUCCAUGCCCUCCCCCUCCCUCACCUCCUUCCCCUUCCCCUCCCUCCCCUCCCCCUCCUCCUCCUCCUCCCACAGCUCCCCCUGCUUGCCCUCAGCCCCCCAGGCCCAUCCGCCCCACAGCCUGCCUGCUCCACAAUCGCACCCGCCCGCCCUCGGUCACCCCCGCUUACCGCCGGCUCCCCCCCAUCCCCACAGACACGGCCCAUCCGCCUCUUCCGGCCCCCGGGGGACCGACGGAGCGCACCCCUACCAAAGGAAUAGCGUGAGCGAGGCCAAAAAGGCCCCCACCAAGGCGGUUUGGGAGGACGUGUCCGGGCUCCCCAGGAUCCCCAAGAUAAAGCGGGAGGGCAGCGGGGGUGCCGGGAGGGACGCUGGGAACGCCCAGAGUAGAACCAGCAGCAACGGCAGUAGCAGCAGCAGUAGCAACGGCAGUCGUGUCGACGGUAGCAGGGACAGAAGCAGCAGCAGCAGCGGCGGUGCUGUUGUUGCGAGGGGCAGCGGUGCCGUUGUUGCCAGGGGCGGCGGUGCUGCUGUUGCGAGGGGCGGCGGUGCCAUUGUUGUGUGGGGCGGCGGUACCGUUGCCAGGGGCGGCGGUGCCGUUGCCAGGGGUGGCGGUGCCGUUGCCAGGGGCGGCGGUGCCGUUGCCAGGGGCGGCGGUGCCGUUGCCAGGGGCGACGGUCGUCGUGGCGACAGCGGGAGGGGUAUCCACAGUCUGGCCGGGGACACGGGCGGCAGGCAGCAGGGCGUGGACCAGACCCGAGGCCGGCACCAUGGACAUUCCCAGAGGCAGGGCGUGGCCGAGAGAGCGGGGCCUUCGUCUGGCUUCUCCAACUCCUUCUGCCCCUCCUCUUCCUCCCGCUCUCUGUCCGGCCAGCCCGCUGCCGCCUCGUCCUCCUCCUCCUCCUCGUCUUCCGCCGCUCCAUCGACAUCAGCAUCGUCCUCAUCGUAUUCCUCGGCGGGCGUGAGUUUCCGCAUCGCCAACAGCGGGAACUCGUGGCGUGCGCAGCGUCUGAGCGGCGCGGCGGCGGCAGCCCGGUCCCGGGAUAGCGGCAGCCAGCAGGACAGCUCCGAGGUGGAGGAAGAGGAAGCGAGGAGACGGCAGCAGCAGCAGCAGCAGCAGCAGCGGCGGACACAGGACCGCCGGGACAAGCAGAAGCUGGUGGCCUCGCGGGCCCCACUUAAACAGGAAGAGGAGGUGGAGGACAUCUACGACCCCUUCAACCCCACCAUGUCCGACUCGGACAGCUCGGACGGCGAAGCCCGGGUCCAGGCGCCGCAGACGGACCCCCCGCUACACCGGAAUGCCGCUCCUGUUAAGAGCGAGGCGUCGGAGCGCAGGAUCACUGCGCCCCGGAACCAGGCGUCAACGCUGCGGAACGCCGUUCCCGUUGAGAGGGAGCCGUCGCCGCGGGAGCCGUCACCUCCCCGGAAUCCUUCGACGCCUCGGCACGCCGUCCCUAUUAAGAGUGAGCCGUCGGACCACCGGAUCCCGACGCUCCGGGACCAGGCGUUGCAUCGCUCCACUUCGCCGCUACGGAACGCCGUUCCCGUUAAGAGCGAGGCGGCGCAUCGGGACCCGUCGCCGUCUCGGAGCAGCGUUCCCGUUAAGAGAGAGGCAUCGGAGCGCCGGAUCACAGAGUCGGAGGCCAGGACGGCGGGGGAGGUGCGGCGGGCGACGCGGGGAGACGCCGGCUCGGGAGAGCGUCUUGUGGUCAAACGAGAACCGGAGGAGCUCGGGGCCGGUCCUGAACCCGCAGCCCGCUCCGGGUCUCAGGGGGAACUGAAGACCCAGGAAACACAAACACUGCGGGCCGACGUCAAGGUCAAGCUAGAGCCCGGGUCAGCCGAGUAUGGGGGAACCUGCGGCCACCGUCCCUCCUCCUCCUCCUCCUCCUCACCGGGUCGGACCGUGGCUACCACGUCCCGGUCAGACAAGACCAAAGAGCCGACGGAGGCCCGGGUACAGACCAGCCGGUCCCCCGCCAACACUGUUACCUCCGGCCCACCCCGGGCCGAUCCGGCCCCCUCCAGACCGCCUUCCGGCAAGGACCCCAACGGAGACCGGAAGAUAAAGUCGGAGCCCGUCACCACUCCCUGCUCCCGGGCCGCGGGUCCUAGCGGGUUGACUCCCGAGGGGUCAGGGGCCCCGGUGUCCCCCGGGGGCCGGCGCGCUCGGUCCAACAGCUCCGAGGAGGGCGGCCGGACCGGGGGGAGAGAGCGCGCCUCCUCGGGCCAGGGAGGAAGGAGGCGAGGAGGGGAGAAGGAGAGGGAGAAGGAGAGGGAGAAGGAGAGGGAGAGGCAGAGGCGCUCCAGGAGGUCCAGAUCCAGGGACAGGAGGAGGCCCCGCUCCUCCUCCGGGAGCUCCCGGUCUGACUCGUCCUCCUCGCGCAGGAGGAAGAAGAGGAGGCCCCGAUCAGGUUCCAGGUCUGGGUCCCUCUCAAGCAGCCGAGAACCUCCCAGCGCCAAGAUGGACAAGCCGGGCGGUAGCAGGGAGCGGCACGCAGAGGCCAGAGGGGAGGGCAGAGGAGGGGGUGUUCCGGGUCCAAUGGACCGCUCCAGGGAGAAGGAGCCAAGGAGGAACCAGCGAUCGCCACCCAAGCCCUCGUCCUCCAGCUCUCGGGACCGAGAGAAGACCGGCUCCAAGGACAAGAGGAGACCGCGGUCCAGGUCUCGCUCCAGGGAGCGGCGAAAAGAAGACGAGGCGUCUUCGAAGAGCACCUCCAAAGCAUCGGGCUCGGCCACUUCUUCCUCCAAGGAAGCGAGGAAAGUGAAAGACGAGGAGAAGAAGGAAACGACUCCAAGCCGCCCCCAAGAGGUUAAAGACGACAAAAGGGAAACCAAGAAACCCAUCGCUAAGAAGGAAAGCCAAACGUCCAGCUUCGAGUUCAAGAGGGAAAGCAAAGACCCGGAUUUCGACGGCAACAGCGUGACGGCGCCAACGGCAGACAAAGUUCCCCAGUCCUCGAUAGAUGUUAAAACGGAGACACCAGCCGAAGCCUCGCCCGGCCCGCGGCCGACCGAGCGGGAGCAGACCACGGUGGAGAUGUGCUGUCAGACGGACGUGAAGGGCAUGCUCAGGGCAGAGGACAUCAAGAAGGAACCCCUGAUGCACAUCAAAGAGGAGCCGUGCGACUUCUGGUCGUCCGAGCCCUCGGACGCGGCGAACACCGGCCCGCAGGCCGCCUCGCCGCCGCCUAGCCCGCCGUCCCCUCCGCCUAGCCCGCCGUCCCCUCCCUUGAGCCCCGCGCCAACGCCUUCGUCUUCCACCGUCUUUCCUGCCGUCACCGUGGUAACAUGCCCACCUCAGAGUGUCGCCCUGCAAGUGCCUGCGGAGCCCGCGCCCGCCAUGGUGAAGCAGGAGGUGGUGGAGCGACCCUGCUCCUCCUCCGAUGAGGACUUCAAUGUGAACUCCUUGUUGGACAACCUGGGACUGUUGGGGUCGGAGGGCAGGAGGGAGCAGCAGGGAGCCAGCGGGCCGCUCAAGCAGCAGCAGCAGCAGCGGCAGGAGGUGGUGGUGGUCAAGGUGGAGCCUGGGCUGGGGCUAAUGGCGGAGCCAGGGCUGGGGGUGAUGCCGGACCCUGGGCUGGGGCUCAAGGUGGAGCCAGGGCUGGGGGUGAAGGUCAAGGUGGAGCCAGGGCUGGGGCUGGGGUUGAAGGUCAAGGUGGAGCCUGGGCUGGAGGUGGCGGAGGAGCGGGAGGCGGACGAGGUGCAGGGCGAGUGUCGGCGGGCACCCACUCCGGCCCCCGUGGCGGUCAAAUCGAAAUCCCAGGGGAAGCGGGUGACCUGGAACAUCGAGGUGCCGGAGGGACCGCAGCCGGAGAAAUCGGCCAGCAAGCUGGCCCUGUACAAGCUGAAGCUGAAGCAGGAAGGCGCUCGGAGACCAGCCAAUAAGGCCUCUGGCUCAUCCCGGCGGAGGGCCAGUGCCCCAGGGGGUCUGGUCCAGGGAGACCAGGGAGACGCCAAGGAAGGGGACCUGCCAAGGAACGACUAUUUGAAGAAGCUGCACAUGCAGGAGCGGGCGAUAGAAGAGGUGAAGCUGGCCAUCAAGCCCUACUACCAGAAGAGGGACAUCACCAAGGACGAGUACAAGGAGAUAGUGCGCAAGGCCGUUCAGAAGGUGACCCACAGCAAAAGCGGGGCCAUCAACCCUGUGAAGGUGGCCAACCUGGUGAAGGCCUACGUGGACAAAUACAAACACGUGAGGAAGCACCUGAAGGCCGGAGACGAGGCCAGCGAGGCCCAGAAUGCAGAGGACGGGAAGGACUUGGACAGCCCAUGAGCGUGCAGACUGCCCUCCACCGGGCAGUCUGCUGGAAUCUCAGAUUGUUCUCGAUCUCAUCAGGUCUCUGUGGGACGACUCUGUGGGGCGCCCCCCCUCUCCUCCUCUGCAGUCUUCUAUAUGUUAAGCUGCCAAAAAAAACUUUUUCCGUUGUGUUCAGCGAGCAAGCCAUGAAAACGGGAGGCAGGACGUUUGUGUCUUAAAGAGACAGCGCGUCCCGUCCGUCUCACUGACUAUUGAGUCUGUUUUGGGUUUCUGUUUAUUUCCUUUUCUCCAGAGUGUAUUUAUCAGUUUGUUACGGAUUUUAUUUAAUUUUUGGUUGGAAAAACUACGAGAGCAGUGAACCAAUUUUAAAUUUCAUUAUUUCUACUAUUGAUUUGAUGGAGUUAGCUCUUUCAUCCUGUUUCGCCUGCCUGCCAGUGGUAAGUCGCCGUUUCUAGCUUCAUGGAGGAGACCGCUUUAUGUAUAGGGUGGUUCUCGUGCACCCGUUUCUGUGGCCAAUAACAUGUUCAGAACGACAUCAGGAAAAGAACAACCAAUCAACAGGGAUAUGCUAGCGCAUACUAGAUUGAUCCAUGCUAAUAAUUGAAUGAUCAUUGUUAGCACAUGCAUACAUUACAAAUGGUACAAUUAUUUUUUCAAGAGACCAUGUCGGAACAGAUAAAUGAUGGGGUUUAUAUAUAACCUGUUAUACCUGGUAUCUUGGUAAAAGGUUUGUUUCCGGACGUGAUUUGGCUUUGAGUCAUGCAGAGAUAAGCUGUUAUUUGGUAGAAUUCCAGCUUAACAAUUCAGCCGUAAAUUAUUUUCCAUCAGACAUUGAUGCUAAGUCGUUGACGGUUAAUGACGUGGGCAUAUCAAGGAUAAUAAAAAAAAGGGCUUGUAUUCUGUUUAAGGGCUUCCAUAAAAACCACUGUGCUCCGUCAGGGCACAACAUUGGACUCUGCAAGCAGAGGUGGUUUGUUAACACCGGCCUAGUGUGCUGUGUGUUUGUUUGCUAUGUGCAAUGGAGGGAACCACGACCACCCCAUUGGGAUGCAGACUCUUGAGUGAAUCGAGGAUUUAGUGACUAAACACAUUUGUUGUACAAUGUAAUGUUAGUCCUGGCUUACUCGUUGCUCUUGUUGCAGAUCAAAGUUGUCAUGGCGUCACAUCCGUGACCACGGUGCUAUUUGAGGUUUGUAGGAACUAGGAUGAAGUAAAUGCGUUAGAAACAUCUCACUUCUGUAAAGUGUGAGCAUGGGGUAUUUCCCACUAGGCUGCCCUGAGAGGUCAUUCAUUCAUUACUGAAUUCCCUGGAAUGUGGGCUCCAUCCAGAAUAUCCGGAAUUAAGCAGAAUCAGGUUUGGCUUCGCUCACCCUGACAGAAAUAGGGCUGAGGAACUAGAGAGAAGUGCUGCCUGCCUUCAGUUUUAAACUAAUGGAUUUCAAAUGGUAGAAGAUGAGACGAUUAGACGAUGGUAGGAUUUCGUUGUUACGUUUUUUUGUCCUGUGAACUGGAACGUUCCGCUCCUAGGAUCUGUGUUUCCUAACCAAGCAGUCUGGAAGAAACUCCUGUUUCAUUAUUUGUAAAUAUCGUUUUUUUCUUUUCUGGGAAUGAUUUAAUAAAAAUUAGAAAUAAAUAGUUAUGGACCUACUGUAUAUUUUGUUAUGGAUUUUUUUUCUAAAUACUAGAAAACAACUCCAAUGCUAAAAGUAUUGGAAUAUUGUUUUGUAGCAUUUAGCUUCAUACUGCACAUAACUAUCGGUUAUCAUUCACAUCAAGUGACAUUGGUGCAACACAAGUCAUGGUGUCUGGAGAGGGAGAGAGCUAUCGGCAGACUGGUGAGCCUUAUAUCUGCAGCCAGCUGAUUGUGCAGCUCCAACCACCACCACCUGAGAGGAGAGAGAGACAGGGAGGAGCAAGCGCAACAAUUCUGCAGCUCCACAACAAACACACAGAC